GUCAAGGUGGUGGUGGUGGUGGUGGUGGAAUAUAUGGGCAACAUGGACGCCUGUCUACCUCCCUUCCGCCUGGAAUGCUGUGUUUGCCCUGUGGUGGUAAGGUAAAGGCUCGUCGAUCGGCCCGGGGAAGUCUUUUCCAACACCCAACCCAACCUUCUCUUCUUUCUUGUCUGUUUGUCAUUCCCCAUUCCACACCCGUUGGUGAAGGGGGCGCAAACUGGUUUUUUCCAAUUCUUUUCGACUUGAGGAAGCUGUGCUUCGAUCUUUCUUUCUUUUCUCUUCUGUUUGAUCUGUUCUUGCCGUUUGUUGGUAAUUUUUUUGGCUUGAACGGGAAGGAGUGUGGUACAACAAUAAGAGCAGGAGCGACCAUAUCAACACCAUAAAGAUCGACUCGGGCCUCUUUGGUCUGACCUCAUUGACCCAGCCAUUUGACCUUCACCGACUUACAUUUCGUCUCUUCUUUCUUUUGCCACUUGCGAGGCACUGCCAGGACUGGAGGCCUUUGUUGAGAGGUGGCCUUGGGUUUAAUUGUUGUCAUCUUCGAGUGGGCGACGGCUGGGGUUUAUCUGCUGGAUCCUCAUCACCACCUCGAAAGCAUACCAGACACAGGCGGCAUAAAGCAACGAGAAGAAAACCACCCCACCAUCACGAGACGACCGACGAUAAGGGAAAACCUCGAAUCGAGUGCUGUGUCCGGCAGGACGGACGGUUGUUCAGCCGCAUUGACAGUCGAACUGAUCGGAUCUACCGCCAUUGAAGCAGAUCCAGUUUCGGCUUUUUCCUGGGGGGACACACACUAUCAAAUCCACUCACUCACCUUUGCUCGACUUUUACUUUGGAUCUUCUCGUCCUUCUUGAAUCAUAUCAGCAGCUCACCACACCAAACACAAUGUUCAACCACAACAGAAUACCGCAUCUCCUCCUCACCAUCUUAUCACUAUCCUCAUUAUCCACCGCCCAGGACGACACCUCCUCGGUCACGUCGACCAGCUUUCUUUCCCUCUCGGACCUCCAACUAAUACCCUCGCUCGCCAUCCCAAUCUCGUGUAUCCUGUCCUACAACGCGCCCAUACUCAACUGCCGAAAAUUCGACAUUGCACAAGGGCAAUGCACGAUUGCUUGCCGGCGGGGUAUUCGAGAUAAGGAGGACUCGCUGAGGGAGAAAUGCUCCGAUGUGGCUGUCACCAGGGGGUCGUGGUUGUGGCUGGCGCUGCAGGGCGGGUUGGGUCAGGCGCUGUGUCGGGCGCCGGGGCAAGGUACUGUUGUUACUUCCACCAUUCGGCCGACGGCUAGCACGAGCAGCACGAUGGUGAGGGAGACGACGGCGACGGUGACGAGGAGCGAGGGGCAAGGGGAUGAGAUAUUGACGUUUACUACAGUUCGUCCUCCUACGAGCUCGAGUGCGGUGGUGGAGACGACGACGACGACGACGACGACGACAACGACGACGAGCGAGGCUGUUAGAGGGGAUGAGACCACUACGUCAUUGCCGACGAUUAUCCCGACUUUUGUGCAGAGUGCUGGGCCUAGUGCUACUAGUAGUGAGGAGGCGCCAGCUGAGACGGGGGGUGGUGAUGAAGAGAAUGUUGUGGUGGUUCCGGGAGGGGGAGGAGGAAGCCCGUUCGAUACUGUUUUGGCUGUUAAUGCUGGGGAGUCUUUGAAGGAGAGGAGCAACUUGGGUUUGGUGAUGGGGACGGUAGUUGAUUUUGGGGAGUGA